UAUCCCAAAAGCCAUAUAAAAUAUAGGCUUUUAAAGCACAACUCUUUAAAAGUAGGCAGAACUCCUGUUUUUUAAAUUCGCUCAAAAAUUUACACUAGCCUCACGACUCAUAUAUGAAUCAUACAACAUUUAUAAAAGAGACAAAUGAGUUGUCAGUAGGUCAUUCCUUAUAUAGUAAUAUUAGGAAAAUGAAGUCAAGUAUUAUCUACCUUCUGGCCUACCUUACCUACACCUUUGCACAUCCUGCAGUUGAUGCUUCACAAAUUCCUGAAGGUGGUGUUACAUCUACAACUGAUGCCAAAAUACCCAAUAAAAUUCCACAUGAUGAAGCUACUAAAGCUGAGAAGAACCUUGAAGAUUCCAAAAUGAUGCCAAUGAUGAAUCAUCAGAAGAAAUCCCCAACAAUUCCUGAAGAUGGUAAUAAAACUAUUAAAAUUCUGAAAGUAACUGAUACCAAAAUAUACGAUGAAAUUGCUCAUAAUGAUAAAGGCACUGAAGGUGAAAAGAAUUCCAAAACCACUAUGUUUCAAAUAUCCGACAAAAUACCAACAACCUCUAAGAAUGAUGAAAAUUCUAAAGACAAAAACAAUUCUGAAGAUACUAAAAUAGUAAUAUGUGAUGAUAAUGAACAAUCUGAACAUAGAGAGACUCCUGAAAAAUCUGUAAAAGAAGAUAAUAAUGACGAAUCAAUCAGUGUCAAUGAUUUGAUAACUACAGUCGUUAGUGAUUUCAGUGGAGAUACAGAAGAGGCAGUUGUGUGUUCGUAUGCAGGUGUUCUGUCGAAUCUGAUGUGUCAUCAGGGAUGGAUUCUGCGGCGACAUAAAAAAAUUGCAGUAUUGAAAAAUUUAGAAGAGAAAUCGUCAUUGUAGAUUUUAUAAAAAAAAA